UAAAACUCAAUCACAUUUCCAAAAAGUUGUAGUCCAGUUGCAGCAGUCGAAAAAAGUUAUUUGAAAUUCGUAGUUUUUUACAAAUUGAAUAUUUUCUAUACGAGACAAAAUGGAAGCAACGUUUAUGGUGGCCAUGUUCCUUUCGGUGUUCUGCCACUGCACAGGACUGUUCUUCAAUCCCGUGGAAGCCAGCACGGAAUCGACCAUUUUCCUAAUCAUCGCCAUAAUGUUCCUGCACAAACUAAAGUCGAUGCGCGGCCCAAUUCUUCCGGAAAGCCGAAUGGGAGCAAUCCUCGAGGUUCCGCUCCUCUGCUUCGCUGUCCAGUUGGCCCUGGUAGUCAUUUGGUUCCCCGCCUUUGCCAUCCUGCAAUUCGUGGUGGACUCGGCGUGCAGGAAUCUGCGAAACUGCCUGGGUGACGAGCUCGCCUGGCUGGUGGAGAAGAUCAAUCCACUUAUGUUGUCAGUGGUGCUUCUGGCAAUGGAAUCGGCCGCGUUUCUCGAGGGCUUUGAGAUCAAGGAUGUGCAGAAGUUCUUCGGCUGCAAGGACGACUUCGUGUCACCCAGUGUCCUUUCCUUUGUGGCCACACAGGAGGUGAAGGUUUUGAAGCGGGAGUGGAAGAAAAUGCAAAACGAGCGUUUCAUUAGGGCCAAGAAGAAGUGAAGUGGUGAUAACUGGAAAUGCGCGAAGCAAUACAUCAAUAAACAAUGAUAGUUAAAAAUA